GUGUGAGAAUGAGAGAGAGAGAGAGUCGCCAUGUUUCUCCUCAUCAUUCCUGACACACACUACACACUCAGUAACGGCGGGCACCUUCAUCAUCCUCCUCCUCGUCAUCUUCACCCCAUCAUCAUCAUCAUCUGACGGACUUCAUCCCGCGGGCAGGACUUACUUUUCGAGGAAAUAUUGAUGGGAAUAAGACUAUGGAAAACUAAUCGGUGCCAUUGGGGAACUUCGCUAAACUCACUUUUUGCGGACGUAAACAUAUUUUAUUAAGCUUUUCCACGCAAGUAAUGCCUAAAUAUCACAUUUGGGGGCGUGUCAUGUUAUUCCUGUUUGUUUUGAGGAAAAUUCUCUUUGAGGACGAGCUAAAAUCUGUUAGCUUGCUAGCCAAACGUCUUUAUUAGCCGGAUCAUUAGCAUCAGUUAUUUUAACCCGUUAAAGUUGAACAAACUGGAGAUGUUUUACAGUCUCUCAUCGUGACAUGGUUUGACACUGAUACUUGUUAAUAUUACUACACGAUUCUUUGUGUUUAUGUGAGAGUAAACCAGUUAAGAUGCAUUGUGUCACGGGAAUGUUGUUAGCUCGUUAGCUUGAGUAAAGUUAGCUACAAGAAAGGCACUUAAAUAUAUGUAAUUAAUAUUUACAAAACGCAAGAGACAAAUUACAGUUUCACAUAAACGUGGAAAGUCUUUUUGGAUAAAUGUCUUGAAUAGUUAUUUUUUCUCUCUUAUUUGGAGGUUUGUUGAUCUUCAACUGAGUACGUUAAAAGAUGUAGAGGAAAGUUUUAUUUGGUAUGAAAUUAAAAUUAUUUUUCAGUUUACUGCAGUUUUGUGACUGCAUUUUACUGUGAUGAUGGGUGGAUUAUAUUUAUAGCUAUUUACAGAUCCCCUCCAAAGACUGUUCGUGUAUUUGCAUUGAUUUUAAUAACAUCACACUACGUUUUUUUGGACUGACACUCGUUUUGCACCAUGUCUGGAGAAGUGCGUUUGAAAAAGCUGGAAAAACUGAUUCUGGAUGGUCCUGUCCAGUCCAAUGGACAGUGUUUUAGUGUGGAAACUCUUCUGGAUGUUCUCAUCAGCCUUUAUGAUGAGUGCAUCAACUCCCCGCUCAGAAGAGAGAAGAACAUUGCUGAGUUUUUGGAAUGGGCCAAACCAUUCACCUCUAAAGUGAAACAGAUGCGAUUGCACAAAGAGGACUUUGAGAUUCUGAAGGUCAUUGGUCGAGGAGCUUUUGGCGAGGUAGCAGUUGUAAAGGUGAAAAGUUCAGACAAGGUGUUUGCCAUGAAGAUCCUCAACAAGUGGGAGAUGCUGAAAAGAGCAGAGACAGCUUGUUUCCAGGAGGAGCGGGAUGUGCUUGUGAACGGGGACUGUCAGUGGAUCACCAGACUGCACUAUGCCUUUCAGGAUGACAACUUCCUGUACCUGGUGAUGGACUACUACGUGGGUGGUGACCUCUUGACUCUUCUCAGCAAGUUUGAAGACCGUUUGCCAGAGGACAUGGCCAGAUUCUACCUGGCUGAGAUGGUUCUGGCGAUAGAUUCUGUGCAUCAGCUCCACUAUGUCCAUAGAGACAUCAAGCCAGAUAACAUUCUGCUGGAUGUGAAUGGACACAUUCGGCUCGCAGAUUUUGGCUCCUGUCUUAAACUCACGGAGGAUGGAACGGUGCAGUCAUCCGUCGCUGUGGGCACUCCAGACUACAUCUCUCCUGAGAUCCUACAAGCCAUGGAGGACGGGAAAGGGAAAUAUGGGCCGGAAUGUGACUGGUGGUCACUGGGCGUCUGCAUGUAUGAGAUGCUGUACGGAGAAACUCCUUUCUAUGCAGAAUCCCUGGUGGAAACGUAUGGCAAGAUUAUGAACCACAAGGAACGGUUCCAGUUCCCUGCUCAUGUGACGGACGUCUCUGAAAAUGCUAAAGACCUGAUCCGCAGACUCAUCUGCUGCAGAGAGCAUAGGCUGGGACAGAACGGCAUUGAGGACUUCAAGCAGCACCCCUUCUUUUCCGGCAUCGACUGGCAAAACAUCCGCAACUGUGACGCCCCCUACAUCCCUGAAGUCAGCAGCCCAUCUGACACCUCAAACUUUGACGUGGAUGACGACUGCCUAAAGAACACGGAGACAAUGCCGCCUCCUUCCCACACUGCCUUCUCAGGACACCAUCUCCCAUUUGUAGGAUUUACUUACACCAGCAGCUGUACUCUGUCAGACCGCGGUUGCCUGCGGGAGUCUGCGGCACCUGCACAAAUGGAUGUGUCCGUGCAGCGCGGCCUGGAGGACAGUCUGGCUACUGAGGCCUACGAACGGAGGAUCCGCCGUCUGGAGCAGGAGAAGCUCGAGCUCAGUCGCAAACUACAAGAGUCUACAAAAACGGUUCAGGCUCUGCAAUACUCCAGCGUGGACGGACCUGCUUCCUCCAACAGAGAAGUUGAGAUCCGUGGACUAAAGGAGGAGUUAGAAAUGCUAAGGAAACAGAUCGCAGAUACAGGACAGGUGGAACAGCGGUUAGAACAGGCCAGUUCUGCCCGCAGAGAUCUGGAGGACUCCUCCAAACAGAUCCGAUCUCUGGAGAAACAGCUCAAGAGCAUGAAGCAGGAGAGAGAUGACCUGCAGAAGGGUCUGCAGGAGUCCUCAGAGAAGCUGAAGACUCAAGGGAAGGAGCUGAAGGAGGCGGACAGCCAGAGGAAAAUGGCCAUGCAGAAGUUUGCAGAGGUGAGUGAGAAGGUGACGGAGCUGCGGUCACACAAGCAACGGCUCUCCCGACAGCUCCGGGACAAAGAAGAGGAGAUGGAUUCCCUCAGUCAGAAGGUGGAGGCGCUGCGGCUAGAAGUGCGCAAAGCUGAGCGUGCCAAGAAAGAGAUGGAGGCCCAGGCUGAAGAGUGGUCUGCUGAGACUCAGAAAGAGAAGAAGCUGAGGGAACGCAGUGAGCAGUACAGCAGACAGCUGGAAGAGGAGCUGGAGGGAAUGAAGCAGAAGCAGGUGGGCCGUCCUCCAAGCGUUGGGUCAUCUGAGCAGCACCAGGAGCUCAGUAAAUUACGAGCAGACCUGGAGAACAAGACCACGUUCUAUGAGGAAGAGCUGUCACGCAGAGAACAACAACAUACCAACGAACUGAAGAACCUGAAGAAGGAGCUGCGGGAGUCAGAGGGACAGCAGCUCACCUUAAAGAAAGAAAUCAUGAUGCUCAAAGACAAGCUGGAGAAGACCCGUCGAGAGAGUCAGAGCGAUCGAGAGGAAUUUGAGAGCGAUUACAAACAGGAGUACGUGAGAGAGCGAGUGCUGCUGUCGGAGGAGAACAAGAAACUCUCCAGCGAACUUGACAAGAUGAUGUCUUCGUUUGAGAAGUUGAGCUGCAGUCACAAACAACUGGAGGAGGAGAUGAGAGAACUGACUGAUAAGAAAGAGAGUGUGGCCCACUGGGAGGCCCAGAUCACAGAAAUCAUUCAAUGGGUGAGUGAUGAGAAAGAUGCUCGAGGUUAUCUGCAGGCUUUGGCCUCUAAGAUGACAGAAGAACUGGAAAGCCUGAGGAAUGCCAGUCUGGGUGCACGUGCUACUGAUAUGCCAUGGAAGGUGAGACGUUUGGCUAAGCUGGACAUGUCUGCGCGUCUGGAGUUGCAGUCUGCACUGGAUGCCGAGAUUAGAGCCAAACAAACCAUCCAGGAUGAGCUCAACAAAGUCAAGGCAUCGUAUAUGGCCACAGACUGCAAGCUGGAGGAGUUGGAGAAGAAGAACCAGGAUCUACAGGCAGAGAUCCAGAGGCUGAAACAGGAAACUGAGAAUCUGUGCAAGUCUAAGGGGGUUAAGCACCAAGACUCCCAGAAUUCCUUCCUGGCAUUCCUCAAUGCUCCGACCUCGGCCCUGGAUCAGUUUGAUCACUCCACUGCCUGUGGGCUGGCCGGAAAAGGCAGACGUAUCGACUCUAUCGACAACUUCAGCCUGUCCAACACACCUUCCCGAGAAGAAGAUGGACGGUCCCAGGUCACGUCCCACUCUCACUCACCGUCAUCCACCAGCGAUAUGGAGUCUCAAGAGCAGGUAGAUCUGCCACAACGGGGUGCACAAACUCCCACGCGGUCAGGAUACAGUAACUCUAGUCACAGCACACCUAAACCUAAAGCCCAUCAGUUUGUGGUGAAGACCUUCAGUUCGCCCACUAAAUGUAACCAGUGUACGUCUCUAAUGGUGGGACUUAUCCGACAGGGCUGUACGUGUGAAGUCUGUAACUUCUCCUGUCAUGUGACGUGUGCGGACAAAGCUCCCGCCGUGUGUCCGAUUCCUCCGGAUCAAACCAAAGGACCUCUGGGUAUCGACCCCCAGAAGGGCAUCGGCACAGCUUAUGAGGGCCAUGUCAGGGUGCCCAAACCAUUAGGUGUGAAGAAGGGAUGGCAGAGGGCCAUCGCUGUGGUCUGUGACUUCAAACUCUUCUUAUACGAUCUCCCAGAGGGCAAAGCUGCUCAGCCUGGUGUCAUGGUGAACCAGGUCAUUGAUAUGAGAGAUGAGGAGUUUUCUGUUAGCUCAGUUUUGGCAUCAGAUGUCAUUCAUGCGAACAGGAAAGACAUUCCCUGUAUUUUUAGGGUGACUGCAUCACAACUCUCUUCAUCCAGCAAUAAGAAAUGCUCCUUCUUGAUCCUGGCUGACAGCGAUCAGGAAAGAACCAAGUGGGUCGGCCUCCUGAACGAGCUGCACCGUCUCUUGAAGAAGAGCAAACUGAAAGAACGCUUUGUUUACGCCCCUAAAGAAGCGUAUGACAGUACCUUGCCUCUCAUCAAAACCACACAGUCUGCUGCUAUUAUAGAUCAUGAGAGGAUAGCCCUGGGCAAUGAGGAAGGAUUGUACGUUAUUCACGUUACCAAAGAUGAUAUUAUCAAGGUAGGAGACAAUAAGAAGGUCCGUCAGAUUGAGCUGAUCCCAUCAGAACAGUUGAUCGCUGUGAUAUCGGGCCGAAAUGGCCAUGUGCGUCUCUACCCAAUGGCAGCCCUGGAUGACCGUGAGGCCGAUUUUCACAAGAUAGCAGAGACCAAAGGCUGCCAAACUCUGGUUUCUGGCACGAUCAGACAAGGAUCUCUCACAUACCUCUUUGUGUAUAUGAAAAAACCUGACAAGGUGAUGAUCUACGAGCUCAACAAGAGCAAAACACAUCAUCGGAAGCUGCGGGAUAUCCUCGUCCCGGGAUCCGUGCAGUGGAUGGGGCUCCAGGGUGACAAGCUCUGCGUGGGCUUCCAGUCCGGGUUCCUGCGCUAUAAUCUUCAAGGGGAUGGAACUCCUACUAGCCUCCUCCACCCUGAUGAUCACACCCUGGCCUUCAUCCAGCAGCUGAGACUGGACGCUCUCUGCGCAGUGGAGAUCUCCAGUAAAGAGCUGCUCUUGUGCUUCAGCAGUAUCGGUGUGUAUGUGGACUGUCAGGGCAGACGGUCACGACAGCAGGAACUGAUGUGGACGGCUGCGCCCACCGCAUGUCGUUAUAAUGCACCUUAUCUGUCAGUGUAUAGUGAGAAUGCAGUGGAUGUAUUCGACGUCAACACUAUGGAGUGGAUUCAGACGAUGCCUUUGAAAAAGGUUCAUCCUCUGAACGCUGAUGGCUCUCUAAACCUGCUGGGGCUGGAGACCGUACGGCUCAUCUACUUCAAAAACAAGACAGCAGAGGGAGAUGAACUGGUGGUGCCAGAGACAUCUGAUAACAGCCGCAAACAGAUGGUGCGCAGUAUGACGAGCAAACGCCGCUUUUCGUUCCGUGUGCCGGAGGAGGAGAGAGUUCUGCAGAGGAGGGAGAUGAUGAGAGACCCAGAAAUGAGGAAUAAGUUGAUUUCAAACCCAACGAACUUCAACCAUGUGGUUCAUAUGGGCCCGGGAGACGGGAUCCAGAUCCUGAAAGAUCUGCCAAUGCCUGGUUCUCCUCUCCCCUCUCCUCGUCUGCGCCUCAUCUCCACCCCUACAAGCUUUGAGCAUGUCUAUCACAUGACUGUCACCUCUGCUGACAACUUCCUGUCCCAGGACUCCUCCCCUCUGUCCUCACACUCCCUGUCCCUCAGCUCCGCCCCUGGGACCCCUGCUUCCAUCUGUUCUCUGAAUAUGCGCCCUCAGGAGAGCCGUGGUGUCCUGGGAGCAUCCGUCAGUAUCCCCUCCAUCAGCAAGGCCAGGCCUGAACCGGGACGAUCUAUGAGUGCCAGCAGCGGCCUUGGCACACGCUCCUCCUCUCAAAAUGGCAGUGCACUGAGACGGGACCUUUCUGUUGGUAGCUAUAGUUCCACCAAACAGCAGAUGACGUCUGAUGGCUCGCUCUCAUCCGGAGGGGGCAUUGACGCCCCCUUAUCCCAUUUAGACAGAGAGGAUUCAGAUUCACCACGUCACUCCACGGCCUCCAACAGCUCCAAUCUGAGCAGCCCACCGAGCCCCAGUGAGCACCAGGGCUGGGAGACAUGAGCUUGGCCCCUAUCCCACAUCCUUCUGACGUCCUGUGUGGCCCCCGAGAGAAACCGAGAGCUGACUCCUUAUACGUCAUAUUCCUAAACACGCUGCUGGGCCCAGGUGUGUGUGUUUGCGUGUAUUAGUGUGCAUAUGCAUUACACGUGUGAUUGUUGUACACACACACAUUACCGUGCACCUUACAUCCCCUUUGAGUGGAACCACUACAACUGUUCCUGUAAUAGAUGGGGGAACAGACCACUGAGUGUAGCUUAUCACCUACCGCCACCAGUGUGGACACGGUCGAAAAUGACAAACACAGAGCUUUAACGUGAAUUUAUCAGUGUUUGUUGACAAGUGUGCCUCAUCUAACACAAGAAAAAAUAUCCAUUCAAAAGUCUUAAUGGACCGGGGGAAUGUAACUUGAAAUGCAUAACACUAAAGAUCAUGAAAACAUUCAUUGAGGAUCAUGGAAAACUGUUCUUGGCAUUCCAUUCCAUGUGAUAAAACAUGAAGACUUCAAUUGAGUUAGCCCCAAUCGAUAGAGCGGCACUACUGUAUAACUCCGCCUCUACCCUCCAGUGCCAUGCCGACCUUCACAGUCAGAGGUCAGAGUUCAAGAAUAGAUUCUAAGGUUCAGUAAUGUAAAUAGAGUUUAAGUAGAGUAUAAUAUAUAAUGAAAUCAUAACACUAUUCUGUUGUUAAAUAAGUGUGACUUGGCUUUGAGAGAGUCUCCUUUCCAUUUUAUUUUCCGGGUCAAGGCUCUAGUGUAUUAUGAAGUCAUUUGAUGUCAAUUUAAGCAUUAUUUUGUCAAGAUAUGCUAGUUUUUCGUAAUUCCGUUGAAAUUGAAAAGAUUUGCGAGGGAACACUACAAAAAAAAAAAAGAGGUAUUGAGCCUCAUUAAUGAAACACAAGGAGAGACAUUUUUAUGUGCAAUUUUCCAUUGAAUAUGAUGUUUACAAGCUUGCAAUGAAAUCAUUCAUAAAAACAUUCAUGCGUAAAUUGUUGCAUUAAACAUUCACAUUCAUAAAAUCGUAUAUGUUCUUGAACUGUAAGCAAGAAUAAUUGUUCAAGAAUAAUUGUUGAUUUGUUACAUUUUGUAAAAACAUUCUUGCUUAAAUUGUCGCAUUAAAUGCAAGAUUUAUAUGGUAGCCAUUAAAUUUCGCCAAAAGGUUUCCACACUGAAUUUUUUCAUAAAUCAUCAUGUAAAUUAUCGUUUGAAUGCAGUAUAUACAAGAUAAAAUAGUUUGAACUAAUUAUUGCGUGAAAUUGUUGCUCUGAAUGUGAGAGACGGAAGGCAAAAGUGAAGUUGUUUGUAAAAAAAAAAAAAAAAAAAACAUUCUUGUGUAAACUAGCAUUGAAUAUUAAAUUUACGAGGGGAAGCAGUGAAAUUGUUUGUGAAUUUAGUGCAUCACUGAAUGGAAUGUUUAAUCAUCAAACAAUAUUUAACAUUUAACAAACAACUGUUAUAAGAAUGUUUUCUAAGAAUAAAUGCAAUCUCCUUGUGUUUCGUGA